AUGCUCUGUGUUCCUGAGGGUGGUAUGAGUUUGGAUUGGGGUUUGACCUAUAUUUUGGAUGGAAUGACUACCCAUGAACACUCGCUUCCGAUCCCGGUACUUUACGACGACAUUCUACAACUCCUUGCACAAAGUGGAACCGCCAUAACGCCUACUCACAUUGUCCACUAUGGCAGCACCUUCGGUGAACAAUAUGUCUGGACUCACGAGGACAUACCGUUCAACGAUAAGCUUCGUCGCUUCAUCCGCCACGAUAUCCUUUAUACGUUGGCGGAGUCCACUUCUCGUCCCAAAAGCUCGUACCAAUUCUUCAAUACUUCUGCAUCCUUGGCCAAAAUGGUCAGUCAAGGAGGCAAAACUUUGAUCGGUGCCCAUGGCGAGCCGCCACUUGGCCUCAACUAUCACGCAGAAUUGUUUUUCACGCAACAGGGCGGAUUGUCCAACUACCAGACUUUGCAAGCAGCUACUUCGUGGGCCGCACAGACAUUCGGAUUAUUUGGAUCUGUCGGAUCAUUAGCUGAAGGGAAGCUAGGUGAUUUCUUGGUAUAUCCUGGUGGUGUGGAUCUACUUGAGGGACCGAUUGGGUCCACUCUUCAACUGAAGUAUGUUGCGAAAGGAGGAAGGAUCUGGAAUGCGGACACGAUGGAAGAAGUCUGGCCUGUCAAGGGGAGGAAACAGGAACUGCCUCCUUUCAAUGCAGAGUAA